UCUUUCUCCCUCUUCCCCUCAGUCUGCCACAUAUCUGACUCUCCACUCAACAACUGUCGUCCAACAUGGUUCGUUCCAAGUUCAAGGAUGAACAUCCUUAUGACAAACGCAAAGCCGAGGCAGAACGUAUUCGUCAGAAAUAUCCAGAUCGUAUUCCCGUAAUCUGCGAAAAGGCGGAGAAGAGCGAUAUUCCCACUAUUGACAAGAAGAAGUAUUUGGUACCUGCUGAUCUCACCGUCGGCCAGUUCGUCUACGUCAUCCGGAAACGAAUCAAGCUCGCGCCUGAAAAGGCCAUCUUCAUCUUUGUGGACGAUAUCUUGCCGCCAACUGCGGCGUUGAUGAGUGCGAUCUAUGACGAGCACAAGGAUGAAGAUGGCUUCCUCUACGUCCUGUACGCUUCGGAGAAUACGUUUGGUCAAUUUGAGCAAGUCUGAUUGUGGACACUUGAGUGUGUGCUAGUUGAGAUGGCGGUUCGUGUCAGAGACAUACUUCGAGCGAGAGAUUAGUACAGGAGGAGGGAUAGGGAUGGAAUCUUCGUUCGUGUAAAUAUUUGUACUACCUCUCGGCUAUGCGAGAUCGUCGAACUAUUG